GGCUAGGGCCGAGGCGCAAGCGCAGGACAGUUUACAGUUGGAGCUUGGAAGAAAAUGGCGUCGGCUAAGUUUCUUGAAGAGGCUCUCAGUACGGACGUCGACGAAUCGGCGGUAAACGCGAUAGUGGGCUCACUGGAGACUCAACUUGUCACGUCGAGUCCUGUGACGGGAAUAAAUACAAGCGGUACGAUUGUAAAUAGUCAUCAGAAUAAUCAAUUGACAGGCAACGGUAUAUCGAACGGGGGCACCAUCACUGCUGUACAACAGCAGCAGCAGCAGCAGCAGCAACUUAAACAUGGUGUUGCGAACGGUGGCGGUGCCACUUCUGUAAAUUCACUAAUGAAUCAAGAUAUAAAUAAGUCAAUAAUAACAACGAGUUCACUUGCGCCGGUGAACGUCACGUCGAAUGCUAUAACUACGAAUCAGCAGCAGCAGCAGCAGCAACAACAACAACAACAGCAGCAACAACAGCAGCAACAACAGCAGCAACAACAGCAGCAACAAAAACAACAACAACAGCAACAACAACAACAACAUAAUAGUUUGGUAUCAACGACAUCGUACGGGAAUCAGAGCGCUAAUCAAACAACGACAAAUCAAUCGAUAGGAACAUUGGCCAAAAGCCAUGAGUCAGUGAAAAUAAUAUAUCCCUCCAGCGGGCAAGUUAUCACUGCUGGCGUGGUAAACAACAAAAUAUCAUUUCCCGCCCAAACCGUAGGACAAUUGCCUAACGGCACCCUAGGAGUUGUUACCACCCAGGCAGUGCUCCAACAAACCGCUUCCAACGUCACUAAUGUUGGAUCCGGUACCCAAACCUCUUGCCAAACAAUUGGGACUAGUAAACAAUCUGGAACAGCGCUUGUUAUUAAAACUAGUGUUGCACAAGGCGGCAUGGUUUCUGUACCUAUGUCUGUCGCCGGAUCUCUUGGUACCAGUGUUACCAACACCACGCUGCACUCAAACCUCCAGGGUAAAGGCGGUAUGGCUUCUACUAUUGUGCCGAGCAAUGUUCAAAUUUUGAACGUUAAUGCCAUGCGACCUGGCACUCCUGUGGGAAAUCAACAAGGUGGCAAACAAGUCGCUCCUAGAGUCGUUAUUGGACCUCAUAUCGUCGGAACUAGACCUGGUGGGCCAGGGCAGAUAACUCUCCAGGCUCUACACGGACUUCAACCUGGUGCACAAGGACACUUGAUAGUUAAAACAGAAAAUGGACAAUAUCAAUUACUAAGAGUCGGUCCUGCACCAACUGCUGGGAACCAAGGUGGAGGAAAUGUAACACCCAACAGUAUCAGCGGUAACACAGUUGUAGGACAAAAUGCUGGCACGACAACAACCUAUCGUCUAGCCUCUGUGCCGGCUGUAAGUAGGCUGAACACACAGUUCACUGGUCCACCACUCGCCACCCUAAGAAAACCUGUUCAGACGGUUGCAGCAAGUGUAUCGACUCCGACAGUGGUGGUAACGCCUUCAACAGUAACAGCAACUCCAACAGCGACUCCAACAACGACUGUAACACCUCCAACAGUUGCUGUCCAAGCUGCACACACGCCUGCUCAGCGUCAAACUACAGAUAAUACCAAAGAAAAGUGUCGUAGAUUCUUAGCAAACUUAUUAGAGUUGUCUAGUCGGGAACCCAGAGCAGUGGAACGAAAUGUUCGGACGUUGAUACAAGAACUAAUUGACACAAAAGUAGAACCUGAAGAGUUUUGCGAUAGACUGGAAAAGUUAUUAAACGCUUCACCGCAGCCAUGCCUGAUUGGUUUUUUGAAAAAGAGUUUACCACUUUUGCGCCAAUCCCUGGUCACAAAGGAAUUGGUCAUCGAGGGCAUCAAACCUCCGCCUGCGAAUGUCGUCUUUUCUAUCGCCUCUGUCACCCCGACGAUUCAGCAGUCGAAUCAGUUGAGGCCAACUGUGGCUGUAGCGGCGAGUCAAAUUUCUACAAGCACGGUACCUGCCGUUACUCCUGUCCGAGUAAUGGCACCACCAGUCGCAGCUGCGCCAACCGUUGUACGUCCACCUCAGCCCGUUCAACAAAGAAUGAUUCGACCUGUUACGACGAUAGUACGCACUCCAGCGACUUAUGGCAUAAAAUCAACAGUCGCGAUCGCCGGUGUGCGACCACCGACGCCUCAUGUACAGCAUAAAGCAGCAGUGGCUGCAGUAGUCGCAGCAAGCACUGCUGUAGCAACCUCAACACCAUCGCAAGUUCCAGUUCAAGUAUCAUUACCGUCACCUGCACCACCAGCACCGGCGCCACCUCCGCCACCUCCAAAUAUCGUAACACCGGUCACCGCCGUCACUACGACAACUGCCCCCGUCGUUGUUACCAAAGUCGUCACGACGAUGCAGAGUAAAACCGUUAAUACCGCCACUACUAUUAACAAAACCAUCGUGCCUUCUCUUGUACCAAAACCAACUGCUAAAGAGAAAGAGAAAAAAACUUUUUCAUCGGCAGGAUAUACGGGCGACGACGACAUAAACGAUGUAGCUGCUAUGGGUGGGGUCAAUCUUGCUGAAGAAUCUCAAAGAAUUCUUGGCUCGACGGAGUUCGUUGGUACCCAGAUCAGGUCUUGCAAAGAUGAAGUCUUCUUACAUUUGUCUCCGCUGCAGCAGAGGAUUAAGCAAAUAGUAUCUAGUUAUGGAUUGGAAGAACCCAAUCAGGAGGUUGCUGCACUAAUAUCGCACGCCGCUCAGGAAAGGUUGAAAAAUUUAGUAGAAAAACUUGCAGUCAUAGCAGAACAUAGGAUAGAUCUCAUAAAGGUGGAUCCGCGGUAUGAAGUGACGCAGGACGUUAGAGCACAGCUCAAGUUUUUAGAAGAAUUGGACAGGGUGGAGCGCAGAAGGCAUGAAGAACAAGAACGAGAACUUCUUCUAAGAGCGGCCAAAAGUCGCGCGAAAACGGAAGAUCCUGAACAAGCCAAGCUCAAAGCAAAAGCUAAAGAGAUGCAAAGAGCGGAGAUGGAAGAGUUAAGACAAAGGGAAGCGAAUUUGACGGCGUUGCAAGCGAUAGGACCGCGAAAGAGGCCAAAGUUGGACGUGACGGGAUCAGCAACGAGUCAAUCGAGCAAUAGUGGUACGAACGCAUCGUCGUCGGGUAUAAACCGUCAAAUGUCGAUGAGGCCGCGACUGAAACGUGUGAAUUUUCGGGACUUGUUGUUUCUCCUUGAACAAGAAAAGGAAACGUGUAGAAGCACAACUUUAUAUAAAUCUUAUCUAAAGUGAUGUUCCAUGAAAGGCAGGAACUAUGAAGUCUUGCUCGAGCUGGCCUCAACAACGGACCUCUGGCGAUUGGAUGCUGCGGAGAUGCUUCUGAACCUCCAGUCAUCCAUCCUCGUUGUCGUCCGCGUACAAUGGAAAUAAAAUUGACUGAAAAAUCGAGAGAGAGAAAAACAUUUUUUUUUUAUAUUAAUAUAAAUAGAUCGAAUCUUUAUUUUUCAAAAAGAAAAAACAAAACAAAACAAUCGAGAUAUUGAAGAGACGAAAGAAGAAGAAGAAGAAGAAGAAGAAGAAAAUUCAAAAAAUCUGCUCGUUUGUGAACAGAAGGCUCCGCGUCCUACGCAUGUGUAUGAGCACAUGAGUCGUCGCCGUCGUCGUCGUCAUCGUCUUCGAUUUCCUCGUUUUCUCUAAAUCCCACUUUUCCUGUCCCUUUUUUCCCCCUAACAUUCCCUCUUUUUUUUUUCUUUCUUUUUUACCGUCGACAUAGUUUAUUUCGUUAAGCGUGAGAAUGACAAUUUUGUAUGUGUGCGAGUCUGUGCGCCGAAUCGUUCAUAUAAGUCGAAAAAUGACAUUUAUACAGUAUGUUGGCGACGUGCGUUGAAAUUUGUCCGAAACGCACUUGAAAAUUUUCUCUUCACCCAAUUCCUAUUUCACAGUUACGAUACUACAUUUUAUUUGCUUGUAUAAAAAUUUCACUAACUCCGGAUGAACGUUCUGACAAUCUCGAAAUUCAGAUUGAAGAAUUGAUAAAAUGGGGGUAACCAUUGCGUUUCAUCCCGCAAACUUCGGCGUCGUCGCUCUCGUGGGUACAUGUGCUCAAAAUUAAAAUUGUGUAUUUGAGAAAAAAUGAAGAGAGACAGAUAGUGAUGCAAAAUAUCGUGAAUAAUUGCGUUUACUGUACAUUUUGUCACAACCUAUGUAUAUGCCUGCUAUAUUAUAAUUGACCUAUACUUUUGGACACUGUAGCGAUAGUGUAAUGUAAUAUAUAUACAUACAUAUAUAUACAUAUUAUAUAUAUAUACACGUAAAAGUACGGAGGGAUGAAAAAGAUGGUUUUUGUUGCUUUAGUCUCGUUUCUUUAUAGUUUCUUCUUCCUUCUUAUUCUUUUCGUGAGAGGAAUAGUGAAAUCGUAUUUUUGCAGAUAAUUAUGAAGUUACGAACGAGUUUAUACACCUUGAGCGCACUGUCCAAAAAGUAUGGAAUAAUUUGUACAAUACAUUAUUACACGUAAUUAAUAAAAAAAGAAAUAAAAGGACAAAAAAAUUUAAAAAAAACAUGAAACAAACAAUACGAAUAAUACUACAAAUCAAGUUACAGAAAUAAUGUAAGAGAAAAGAAACGAAGAUAAAGAAAAUAAUAGGUGAUAAUUUCCAUGUUGGUACAACAGAAUAUAUAGCCACUCGAUUAUUCUCCACCAUAUGAUGGAAUUGUUAUCAGUAUAUUAUGUUGUAAUCUACAUUUUCAGUGUUUAUAAAAAAAUGACGAUAAAAAAACAA